GAGGAAGAAGCCAACAACAUAACAACCAUGGUUCAAGCACCAAGUACAAGAUCAGGAACCAAACGCUUAAGGGAACAAUUCAACAAGUCCAUUGAAAGCUUGAUUGCACUCAUAGAGCAAGAGGAACUCGAAGGAAGGUCGUUCACUAAGGAUAUUAUCCGAGAGACACCCAUUGAGCCUCAAAUCAAUCCAAACGUUUCAAAAGCUCAAGACUUGGAGAAUGAACAAGACAACAACUAUUUUGAGCAAGGAACAUCCCAAGAAACCGAGAUCAUCAAAGAUAAAGCUUGCGUGCAACUCAAGACUCAAACAGCUUCAUUUCUACCGGUUUUACAAGGAAUAAAGGAACCCGCUCUUUUCAUCAUUUCCAAAAUCAUUCAAUGAAGGGCUGGAGCGUGCAUGAGCAAUAUUUCCGAGGUAAGUGUUUGAAUUCAAAUAAUAAAUCGUUCUUUUCUUGUUUUGCAGGAAUAAGACCGUUGGGUUUUUAUUGAGUCUUUUAUUUGUCUUAGGUCCUAAUUUCGAGUCUGUUGUUUUGCGAGUUUAGUCCUUUAUUAUGUAAUAAUUUUGACCCUAGAAGGUCCCCAGCUGCUGGACUAUUAUAUAAAGUCCCUUCUCAGCUUUGUAUCUUUAACAAGUUUUAUGAAAUAAAAUGAGAGUUUUCUU